UGAUUACAAGGUUUGCACUUUGUGGACUAAUGACCUUGAGACACAUUCAAAGGUCAAUUCUAUACUAAAUAUGGUGAAUUAUGUUUACAUGAUUAUAUUAGCUCUUCUAAUGGCAAUGACCUGUGGUUGGCAUCAUCAUGAGUCUAAGUUACAGAAAAGAGUGUUGCGCAGUUAUGGAGGGGGUAGGUUUGGUCUGUCUGGUGUACAUGAGAAUACACCUGAUGGUGAGCACUCUGUGAUUUAUACCUUACCAGAAUCGCAGGGAAGAAACAAUGGACAAUAUCUUCAGGAAAGAAACCUAUUCGGACGACAGGGAGAACAUAACGAGAGAAUACCUCGAGUCCGUCAUCAUGAAGAAAAUCAGUUCAUGUCCGACUAAGUGAAUUGAUGAGUUUAAACUGGCUGUCGCAGAUUAAAAAUCCUUAGUUGUACCAAAUAAAAUAUGGUAGUAUAGUAGUAUUAAA